UCAAAAGUAUGCUCUACAGCGAAUCUUUCAAGCAAUAAAAUGAAAACGUUUUAUAGUUUACUUAUAAUUACAUUGGUGGUGGCACCGCUACAUGCCUACAAACAUACUCCUGAGGACUCGGGAAAUAGUUCGUCGAGUGAAGUGUGGGGUGUUCACAAAGCAAGAGUAGACAACUUUAAUCCAGCCAGUAGGGCGACUUAUGAUCAACGAUACAUUUCUAAUGACGAAUUUGCUAGAGAUGAAAACCCUCCAAUGAUAAUUUAUGUUGGUGGAGAAUGGGAAAUCACCCAGGGACAACUUAGUUCCGGACAAUUGCAUCUUAUGGCAGAAGAAAAUGAAGGGGCCCUGUUUUACUUGGAGCACAGAUUUUAUGGCCACAGUAUGCCAAAAGGUGACUAUUCUACCGCUAAUUUCCAAUUAUUAUCAUCGGAUCAAGCAAUGGCGGAUUUAGCUGGAUUUAUAAAAAUGAUAAAAAAGCAAAAACAGUAUAAACACAGCAAAGUAGUGCUAUUUGGUUGUUCAUACUCUGCAACAUUGAGUACAUGGAUGAAACAUGACUAUCCUGAUAUGAUUACUGCAGUGUACGCAACAAGUGGUCCACUUUUAGCCAAAGAAGACAUGAAUGAAUACUUGGAAAGAGCUUCGUUAGUUCUUGGAUUGCUUAGUAAAGAAUGCGCUAACACGCUUAAUGCAGCCGUGCAGCAACUACAAGACCUUUACGAAGAAGAAGAUGGACCACAUAAGGUUCGCAAGAUGUUUGGAUACUGCACACCUCGUCCGUCCAAUGAGCCAUAUGAUAAAAUGGUGAUUUUCGAAACUAUUGCAGCCUACUUCGGAAAUAUGGUGCAAACUAGUAUGCCGACUCUACAAACCGAAUGUAAGAAGUUAUUAGACACCGAGGGCGAAACUGAAGCGGAGAAAUUGGCCAACUAUAGACGUGUUUCCAAUGAUUACUGUAUUCAUCAAGAUUACAAGAGCACACUUUCUGCUUAUGCUAAUACGUCCACUGCUCAAGGAUCACUCAGGCCUUUCUUUUAUCAACAAUGUACUGGUUUUGGUUGGUUUGUAACAACAAACAACGACAAUCAAGACUUUGGAAAUGUAGUCACCACUGACUUUUAUCAUAAACUCUGCGAAGAUUCGUUCGAUAAAACUGUAAAUGCUCAAACAAUCGCAGCUGCAGUCGCUGCAACUAACGAAAGGUACGGAGGACAAAACCCAACCAUAACAAAUACCGCGUUUGCUUACGGAGGUCUCGACCCAUGGCAACCAAUGGGGCUCUCAGAUAAUAUUAACGAUGAUACCGCAGUAUUCUACAUCGGAAGUGGCGGUCAUUGUCACGAUAUGUUCGCACCACUAGCCAGUGAUGGUCCAGACAUGGUUCAAGCCAAAAUUGAUUUGAGAGCGCACAUUAAGAAUUGGCUUGAUGAAUAAGUAUCACUGUGAUAUUAUCAUAAUUGAUUUGAUAACUUACAUGACAACUAAUAUUUUAUUGCUAACGUUAAACUUAAUUUGUGGGACUAAAUAAAGAUAUAUUUAAAAAAAUGCAAACAUAAAG